AUGACCGAGGCCCUGGGGUCCAUUCCUCCGUCCGCAUUCCAUUCUGCGCAGACACUCCGUCUUGUCCAUAACCUUGAACCCGCUCCCGGCAUCCGCUUCUCGAGCGUCGCCCAGCCUGCGAAUAGUGAAAUACGCGAAUCGAGUGCAGACGAGAUUUACGCCCAUAAAGCUGGAGCUAAUGUGCUAGCAAUUGAUCAGUAUGACGGUCGGUUCAUGGUCUCUGGCGGUGCCGAUCCGUCGAUACACCUGUGGGAUUUAGAGGCACGAGGCUCUGAGCUCAGUUACACCCACCGACCGGCCGCCUCGGUCACAAAAUUCUCGCACGAUGACGCCCAUACGCAUGCUAUCACAUCUGUUUCCAUCUAUCCGUUUGAUCCAACGCCGUCUACGAUCAUCACGACCUCUCACGAUGGGACUUUGAAGCUCUCGGCCCUGCAACCGCCAACCAUUACACCUGUCCAUACCUUCAAACUCGAUUGUACGCCGUACGCCCAUUCCCUGUCUGCCCAUCCGAGUUCGCCGCUGCUUGUUGCUGUUGGAACCUCCGAAAAGCCCGUUCGGUUACUCGACCUGCGAUCUGGGCUAUCCACGCAUGGCCUACCCGGUCAUAGCUCUGCCGUCCUUUCCGUGUCGUGGGCUCCCCAUCGACCUCACAUACUAGCUUCCGCUUCAACGGACAAUCGAGUAAUACUAUUCGACAUUCGCCGCGCAGGACAUAACUCCGCGAUUGCCACUCUUGACAUGGAUGAUGCAGUGGGCCUCGUUCCUCCCCGGAGUACCCCAAGCUUGUAUCGCAGCCGCCCCGCGUUUUCACCCCACGCUCGGGCGCACAACGGUCCCGUGACAGGCGUUCGAUGGACACCAGAUGGAUCAUAUCUUGUGACAGCCGGCCAGGACGCCAGGAUUCGUGUUUGGCAAGCAGCAACCGGCGCUAACACACUCGUUCACUUUGGCCCACGCGUCCAGAAUACCUCCUCACUCCAUUUAGCAGAGAGGGCGCCCUUGAUUGUGCCCCAUGGUCAGAUGGGCGCAGGCCAUGAGAUAUUUCUGUGGGCUAAUUUCAGUGACUCCGACCACCGAGGAGAGAUUUUCAUGCUUGGACUUCGAGAAGGGACAUUCAUCAAGCGUUUACGGGUUCCCGGUUUGAUGGCUCAGCGAUCGCAAAUACAAGGUAGAUCCAACGCUCUGAGCGCUGCGCGUAUAAACGCUCUAGUGUGGCGUGGGAACGGCGCGUCUGGCCAGGGCAUCGAGGUGUUUUCCGCGCAUGGCGACGGGACGCUGAGAUCGUGGGUUUCGCGAGAGCCAGAAGAAGCGCCAACUGAAACUGAGGAGGCUGAACAGGCAGACCGCAAGCGCAAACGGAAUGUACUUGAGGAGAUCUACCAUGGAUUUAUGUCACCCUCGGUUUGAAUUAAGGAAUGCAUGAGUCUGCCAUACGCAGUUGCCCUUU